UAUAUUAUAUUUCGAUCUAUAAAUUCAGGAUUCAUUUGAAACGCCACUAUUAUAUCAAACGGCGACCUUGCAGCAAUGUUGAAGUUCCUUGUGAUUUGCGUGCUGGCUGCGUGUUGCCACGCCCAAGACUCUGGUGAAUCAUUGCUCUCUCGGAUUGAGGAGCAUCAAAACAAUUUGCGUAAUUGGGAAGAAGAGAACUCGCGAUUGUUAACAACUCUAUUGGAAAAACGCAAAAUAUACGAUAAUGCUAAACAUAAUGAAGCGAAGCUCUUGGAAGUUGUCGAUUACUUGGUCAAAAAGAACAUGGAAAUCUUACAGAACGUUGUUAGUGAACUGAAUACGAUACAUAUUAAUAUGGACAAAGAUGUAGACGGAGCGGAAUCUUUGAGUGAUAUAGAAAUGAAGGCGUUAGAAAACGAACUAGGAACUACAGAAAGGAGUUUAGAAAGUGAACCAGCAGAGGGAGAUGGAAUUCCCGGCGAAGUAGAAGAAGCGAAUGUAGAAAGACAUGGAGACGGAGAAGAAAGUUUGAGUGAUACAGAAAGGAAUUUAGAAAGUGAACUAGCUGAGGACGAAGAAACUGUGACACAUGCAGACGAAAAUCAGGAAAAUAAUGAAGACGGAGCAGAAACUUUGAGUGAUACAGAAAUAAGGAAUUUAGAAAGUGAACUAGCGGAGGGAGAUGAAGUUGCCGGCGAUGUAGAAGAAGAGAAUGUAGAAAGUGACGGUCCGAAUGGAAACCUUUACAGUGACAUCGAUUUGAAUUCCCAUAUUAACGAUUACCCAUAUGAUUGGUACUAUCAACAAAGUAGAAAAUGAUUCUAAAUAACUUGUUAGUGUAGUUAAUAGUGAUUAAAUAUUUCAUUAAUAAA